AUGACGGAUCUCACCAUUCGGAACCUGACGGCGACCCCCCUGGAACUGAAGGUCGUAGAACACUUCGGGGGAGAGCCUCGCAAUGGCAACUUCAAGAGCAGGAUAACUGGAAUCUUCAACUCGACUAGCACGUCACCCAACGGUGAUGGUGACCCCAAGGAGCGCCGGGAUGUAUCCAUACCAAUCCCGUGUUUCGAAACUCGCAAGACGGAUCAGGUCAAGGCGCCGGGCAAGGACGAGCUCCUGCGGCUGACCUUUGAGUCUGAAGGGCACCGGUAUCAAGUCGACAUACCGAGCUUCUCGCGACGCAGCACAGUGCUCAAGAAGCUGGAUGACGGCCCUCGCGAGUACACUGCCGUCUUCGUUGUUGCUGCCGGCUGCCUCGCCAUAUUCAGCUCGGCCAACCUGGCCUCCUGGAUGCGCGAGCUACGCGAUGACUGGCCGCUGGCAGCGCUGUCGAUCCCGGGCACGCACAACAGCCCAACCUGCCAUGUUGCCCUGCCGUCGGUGCGCUGCCAGGCUGUCAAUGUGCGGGAGCAGCUGGAUAAUGGCGUGCGGUUCUUUGACAUUCGCGUCCAGACCAACCCCGACAACUCGGACUUGAUCCUGGUACACAGCGCGUUUCCCAUUUCACUGACGGGCAGCAAGUACUUCCAGGACAUGCUCAACGACAUUUAUGCCUUUCUGGACGCCAACCGCUCCGAGACGCUCGUCAUGAGCAUCAAGCGCGAGGGCACGGGCAGGGGCACGGAUCAGCAGCUCUCCAAGUACCUGCGGGAGCGGUACUGCAGCGACGGCAACAAGUGGUUCACGGAGCCGCGCCUCCCGCACCUGGGCGAGGCGAGGGGGAAGAUCGUCCUGUUCCGGCGCUACGGCAACGACGCGUCGCUGGACCAGGAGCACGGUGGCCGCGGCUUUGGGCUCGACGCCAGCGACUGGCCCGACAAUUGCGCAAACGAGUUGUCGGGCGGUCCGCACAUUGCUCGCGUGCAGGACUUUUACGAGAUCACCCAGGGUCAUAAUAUCAGCAAAAAGGUUGACCUGGCACGCGCGCAUCUCGAGCGCGCCGGUGAGCCCAUCUGCCCUCCGGCUGCUGACCGGCCCGAGUAUACACCGUUUUUUAUCAAUUUCCUCUCUGCGAGUAACUUCUUCAAUGCCAAUUGCUGGCCAGAGAAGAUUGCGGCCAAGGUCAAUCCCGCCAUUAUUGAGUACCUGUGUACGGCACAUGCGGAACAGGGCAAGGGGCCAAACAACUUGGGUAUCGGUGACGGCUGUACAGGAAUUGUGGUUACCGACUGGGUCGGCCAGGCUGGCGACUGGGACCUUAUACGCUGCAUCGUGGGUUGGAACGCCAGAUUGCAACUGAAGCAGUAG